AUGGAGAAAGGGCAAUCUAAAAAUCACCAUUCGCGCCUUUGUUUGUUAGCCUCGCUAUCGGCUUUCUUUUGGUUCUGUCUGCUGUAUUUCCAUUUAUCGGCGUUCGGCGGUGGUGGUGUUGUUCCGAUCGUCGGCAGUUCGCCUCAAUUCGACCCGCCCAUUUCCCUCGACCCGGGAUCCGAUUCCAAUCCCAAAAACAACUCCAAUCUCAAAGCCGAAUCUCGGGUCGACCAGAAUAAGCCCCAAACCCGACCCGAGAACCCGACGAACCAACAUAACCCGAAGAAAGAGGUAAAACCCGAACCCGUGCACUACCCGUUCAUGAGAGCUCUGAGAACAGUGGACAACAAAAGCGACCCGUGCGGUGGCCGGUACAUUUAUGUUCACGCCCUUCCGCCCAAAUUCAACGAGGACAUGCUCCGCGAGUGCCGGGCCCUCAGCCUCUGGACCAACAUGUGCAAAUUCACCACCAAUUCCGGGCUGGGCCCGCCACUCGACAACCAGGACGGCGUUUUCUCGAACACGGGCUGGUACGCCACUAACCAAUUCGCAGUCGACCUUAUAUUCAACAGCAGGAUGAGGCAAUACGAGUGCCUCACGAACGACUCGUCUCUAGCCGCCGCUAUUUUCGUCCCUUUCUAUGCGGGCUUCGACGUGGCCCGAUACUUAUGGGGCCACAAUGUCUCGGCCCGCGAUGCCGCCUCUCGAGAUUUGGUCGACUGGCUCUCGAAACGACCCGAGUGGGGCAUCAUGGGCGGUAGGGACCAUUUCCUUGUGGCGGGCCGCAUCACGUGGGAUUUCAGGAGGUUAUCCGAGCGGGAUUCGGAUUGGGGGAAUAAGCUUCUUUUGUUGCCCGCUGCGAAAAACAUGUCGAUGCUGGUGGUCGAGUCGAGCCCGUGGAAUGCGAACGAUUACGGGAUUCCUUACCCGACUUACUUUCAUCCCGCGAGGGAUAAAGACGUGCUUGUGUGGCAGGACAGAAUGAGGAGGCUCAAGCGAAAGAAUCUUUUCUGCUUCGCGGGCGCCCCUCGACCGGGAAACCCGAAAUCGAUAAGAGGGGAAUUAAUCGAGCAGUGCAAGAAAUCGAGCGUUUGCAAAUUGUUGGAGUGUGAUCUUAGGGACAACAACAAAUGCCACUCUCCGAGUAGUAUAAUGCAGAUGUUUCAGAGCUCGAUUUUUUGCUUGCAGCCUCAGGGCGACUCGUACACGAGGCGCUCGGCUUUCGACGCCAUGCUGGCGGGGUGCAUACCGGUCUUUUUCCACCCGGCAUCUGCCUACACACAGUACACGUGGCACUUGCCGAAGAAUUAUUCGCUGUACUCGGUUUUCAUACCGGAGAACGAUGUACGUAGGACUAUUAGUAUCGAGCAGAGACUGAGUGAAAUUUCGGUUGAUAACGUGAAUAAGAUGAGGGAGAUGGUUAUAAAUCUGAUCCCGAGGUUGAUAUACGCUGACCCUCGAUCUAAGCUAGAGACUUUUAAGGACGCUUUUGAUGUGGCUGUUGAGGGUGUGAUCGAUAAGGUGACGAGAUUGAGGAAGGAUUUAGUCGAGGGGCGUAAAGACGAGGGGUUUAUGGAGGAGCUUAGCUGGAAGUAUGCAUUGCUGGAUGAAGGUGAACCAAUCAGGCCACACGAGUGGGACCUGUUUUUCUCGAAGCCGAAAAAGGAUGAGAAGAAGAAUGAUGAUUCAGAUGGUUCAUCAGCUGAGUCUGCCAAGAAUUCUUGGAAGAAUGAGCAAAGGCUGCAGUCAUGA